CCAUCUCGGUUCUAAAAAGAACAUUUUUAUAAAUUUUUUUUUUCCAAUCAAUUACUAUGGUUUCUUAUUUUUUCAAGCAGUUGAAUUUCUUAACUCUAGGAGCAAUUGUUCAUCUUUUGUAUUUAUCAUCAGUGUUUUAUAUAUACUUUAAGUCUCCGAUCAUAAAUAAUGUAAAACGUGCAACGGUUCAAUCUACUUCUCCUGCAAAACGUGUCAUUUUAAUAGUUGCUGAUGGUCUACAAGCUGAAAAAGCAUUUGAUCUAAAGUAUAAAAGUAAAACUCCUUUUCUUCGCUCAAUAAUUGAGCAUAAUGGGUCUUGGGGAGUUUCUCAUACAAGAGUUCCUACAGAAUCCAGAGUAGGGCAUGUUUCCUUGAUUGCUGGAACUUAUGAAGAUGUUUCUGCCAUAACGAAUGGUUGGCAGUUAAAUCCUGUUGAUUUUGAUUCAGUAUUCAAUCAAUCAACAAAAACCUGGUCUUGGGGCAGUCAUGAUAUUGUAGGUUUAUUUGAUAAAAACACAGAAAAUGUAGAAACUUUUUAUUAUGAACGUGAUCAAAUUGAUUUUGGAGGUAAAGAUCCUUCUCAGCUUGAUCAGUGGGUAUUUUCAAAAGUUGAAGAAUUUUUUAGAAACGCAAAAGAAAAUCCGGUUCUAUUUAAACAAUUACAUAAAGAAAAACUUGUCUUUUUUGUUCAUUUACUUGGUAUUGAUACAAAUGGCCAUGCAAAAAAGCCAGAUUCAAUAGAGUAUUUGCAAAAUGUUGCCUUAGUUGAUGAAGGUAUAAAAAAUAUAACUGAAAUGAUAAAUGAUUUUUAUGGAAAUGAUCAGAAGUCUACUUUUAUUGUAACAUCAGAUCAUGGAAUGACUCCAUGGGGUGCUCAUGGAGCUGGUUCAAAAAGUGAAACUGAAACUCCUUUUAUAGCAUGGGGAACUGGUAUUUUGAAAUGUGAGUAUCAGGAAAAUGUAAACAAAGAUCCACAAACUGUUGAGUGGGGCUUACAGAACUAUAAAAGACAUGACUUAAUGCAAGUUGAUAUAGCAUCGCUGAUGUCUUAUUUAAUUGGUGUUAAUUUUCCAAUUAAUUCUGUUGGUGUUAUUCCAGAUGAAAUACUAGAUAUAUCAAUGCAUCAAAAAGCUCUUGCUAUGCUUGAUAAUGUCAAACAAAUAGUUGAGCAGUAUCACGCACACGAAAAAAAGAUUCUAGAAAGUGUACUCUAUUUUACCAAAUUUUAUAAUGACCAAGAGCUUACGUAUAAAUUAAUGGAAGCAUCUAGCCUGCUUUCAACUGGUGAAUAUGUUUCUUCAAUAGAAAAGUCUAAACAAGCAGUUGCUGUUGCAUUGAAAGGAAUACAGUAUUAUCACAAAUACAAUCGUGUGCUUUUAAGUUUUUUAGUUAAUUGUGGAUUUUUAUUAUGGAUUUCUUAUGUUGUGGCUAAGAUUCUAUAUGAAUAUACCAAUGUAUUACCACGUUCCUACUAUACACCUACUGUUGUAUUGUUUUUUCAGUCACGAUUGUUUACAGUUUUUUACAUGCUUGUAACUUUUUGUAUUUCCUUUCUGUUUAUUACAAAAUCUGGGGAAUAUUUUUACUUGUUAUUUCCAGCAAUAAUGUUGAAAUUGUGUCUUAAUCAAGGUAAGAUAUUCUACAGGAUUGUUCUUUUAUGCAAUAAGCUAUGGUCGCAAUCUUCUUUAAAUACCAUCAGUACUAUUCUUCAAAUCCUCUCAAUUUUACUUGGAGUUGAGAUUAUUGUUAUUGCUUUUUUUUAUAGGUCUGCUCUUUCCUACGUUAGUUUAUUUUUGAGCCUAAUGCCCUGGUUAAAAUUCCCGGUUAGAAAGAAUUUUAAAUCAUAUAUGACUUUAGGUAUCUAUACAUCAUGGACUUUAGCUUGUUUAAUAAUUGCUAUAUUUCCGUCGUUUCCGGUCAUUGACAGAAAAGAGAACUAUUUGCUUGUAAUUAUUGCAGCUUUUAUUGCUGCAACAGCUGGACUUAGUUUUAGUUCUAUAAUUAAAAAUCGAAAUGGUUGGGUUAUUUCAACAGUGACAGCAAUUUUGAUUUUAUGUACAGUUGUUAAAAUGCAUACCAUUAUUAACAUACAACAAGGUAAUGGGUUACCAUUACUAAAUCAAGUUUUUUCCUGGCUUGUUUUGAUCAUAAUACCUGUAAUUUCAAUUCUUACUGAAAAGCAUUCACCAACGAGGUUAGUUUCAGUUAGUUUAUCUUUGUUCUCUAUUUAUAUUUUGACAUCAAUUUCAUAUGAAGCUUUAUUUUUUUUAGCUUUAGUUUUCCAACUUUCUUUGUGGAUUUUUGUAGAAUUUUCGUGGCUGUCCGAGAUUAAAAGGGAGGACCAAUUUUUAACACUAGAGCAUUUACGCAUUACGUUUAUGUUUUUAUAUUUUAUUUUUUUGUCAUUCUUUGGAACUGGCAAUAUAGCAAGUAUAAAUUCGUAUGAUAUCGCAACUGCUCUUUGCUUUAAAACUGUGUUUAACCCAUGGAUUUUAGGUCUAGUUGUAAUCAUCAAGUGUCUCAUACCUACGGUCAUAGUUGUUGUUUUCUGCUGUUCACUUUUUAAAGUAAUAGUUUUGCCCAUGCGUGGGCUAUUUCUUUGUAUUUUGGUCUUAACAGAUUUAAUGGCAUUAAACUUCUUUUUUUUUGUCCGAGAUGAAGGCAGUUGGUUAGACAUAGGACAGAGUUUGAGUCAUUUUGUUAUUACAUUAGUUAUUAUUAUAGCAUUGUUGCCGAUUUAUGAGGGCUGUAAGCUUAUUUCUGGUAGUGUUCAUUUUCAAUUUGAAAAAAGCCAUUUUUUGUGAUUAAAGUAAAACUGCUUUAUAUUGUAUUUGUGUUUAGAAAAUAUUUGUUUUACGUUAUAAUUUGUUAAUAUAAAUCUUUUUUCUCGCUGUAAUAAUGUUUUAGAUUAAAAUUGAUCAAUAUGAUACCAUAAAUGUUCUGUACGAAGUUAUUGUUGUGCAUAUAUAAAAUUGUAGUC